CGCCUUUUCCUUCAAUGAAAGAGUAAGGCAAGGCAGGGUUGAGUGAGGGGGGGAGAAAUAAAAGGAAGAGGAUCAGCUGUAGGGUUUUUUCUGCUGAAAGUAAUUUCAGCGCUUCUAAAUUUGUUUUUUCUCACUGCGUUCCUGCUAAGGAGCAACUCUACAAAGAUGAAAUACAUCAUAGGCAUCGGAGGUGUCACCAACGGUGGUAAAACCACCUUGACCAACAGAAUCAUCAAGGCGCUCCCCAACUGCUGCGUGGUCCAUCAGGAUGAUUUCUUCAAGCCACAAGAUCAAAUAGAAGUCGGGGAAGACGGCUUUAAACAAUGGGAUGUGUUGGACUCCUUGGAUAUGGAGGCAAUGGUGAGCACUGUGCGUGCAUGGAUUGAGAACCCAGUGAAGUUUGCCCGUUCCCACGGGGUGAAUGUUACGCCUGGCUCUAAAGAGCCAGCCUCCAAAGAUAUCCAUAUAUUGGUCAUUGAAGGCUUCCUGCUUUAUAAUUACAAACCACUGAUAGACCUAUUUGACAUACGCUACUACCUGGCAGUUCCAUACGAUGAAUGCAAAAGGAGGAGAAGUACACGUAACUACACUGUUCCUGACCCACCGGGUCUCUUUGACGGACACGUCUGGCCCAUGUACUUAAAACACAGGAAAGAAAUGGAGGACUGUGGUGUUGAUGUUGUUUAUUUAGAUGGACUGAAGUCUAGAGAUGAACUUUACAAUCAAGUCUUUGAAGAUAUUCACAACAAGCUUUUAAAUUGCUUAUAGGGUCUCAGAAGACCUGAAAGACCCGUGUACAGAAUGAUGUAAAUAGUACUUAUUAGUUGGAAUGAGGGGUUUAUUUAUGUAAACUCUUCUUAUACUGUCCUUUGGAAAGUAUCUUUUGUAUAUAAUUGAAAAAUGAAGAUAACUUAUUCACAACUGUGAUGGACAGGAUUGUUCUGUUUUGUGGUUUGUUUUUUUUAUUUUAUUUUCUUAUUUUGUAUUCCACUGGCUUAAACAUAAGUUGAAAACACAUUUUUAUAAUGGAACAAGUGGAGCUGUGUUAGUAGAACAACUGACUCUUCUGCUUAUGUGCUUCUGCAGAUAUUAAGUCUUUAUGUAAUGGCUUGUUUGUAAUGUCAUCUCUAAAAUUCAGUAAAAAUCAACUUUAAAUCUC